ACAAUCUCCAACCAGAACAAAUGGCUCCCUACUAAAAUAUUUGACUGCAAAAAUUUUAUUGUUUGUUCUAAAAUGAAUGUUUCUAAUUUUGCUAAGCAAGCUUGUAAAUUGAGCCAUAAGCAAUUUCGAGCACUACUGAAAAAGUUUCGCAGAAAGAGAAUUCGUCAGCAAACUGCUCAAGAAAGGGACUAUCAAGAAUUAUUAGAACUUAAAAAGAGAGAAAAUUCACCAAGUUUUAUUGAACAAGAGGAGGAUCGGCGGAGAAAUUCUCAAUUAUAUGAAGAAUUUGAAGAAAGAGAGCGACUUCGUAAACAUAAAGAAUGGCUCUGGAGAGAAGAGAUAGCUCAGAACCAAUUUAGAAAGAAACAACAGCAGCUGGAAUUAGAAAAAAUUCGACGCGAAGAAGAGAGGAAAAGAAUAUUGGAGGAAUUUGAAAAACAGCAGAAUCUUGAAAAUAAAUUGGAAUUAGAAAAUAAAAAAAUGAAGAAUCAGAAAGAGGAAGCUCUUCAGGAAGCCUUAGCUAGCCUACCAGAGGACAAGGGUCCUUUUCACAAUCCAAUUGCUCCAAAGCAUUAUACUAAUGACAAUUCAGGACAUCGUGAUGGAGGACAAGAGCAACCACAAUGUCAGUUUUUUGCAAAAACUGGUGCAUGCAGAUUCGGUGAAAGAUGCUCUCGGGGUCAUAUACACCCAAGUGUCAGCACAACUAUUCUAAUCAAAGGAAUGUUCACACAUUAUAGUAUAGAUCACACAGGAAGAGAAGAUCAUGAUACUGAUAUGGCAUUGGAAUAUGAUGAUAAAGAAACUUAUGAAGACUUCAAAAAUUUCUAUGUUGAUGUUUUGCCAGAAUUUAAAAAAUAUGGCAAAGUUGUUCAAUUCAAAGUCUGCUGUAAUCAUGAACCUCAUCUACGUGGGAAUGUUUAUAUCCAGUAUUCUAAUGAAAAAGAAGCUGUUGAAUGUUUCAAAAAUUUUAAUGGCAGAUAUUAUGCUGGGAAGCAGCUAACAUGUGAAUUUACUCAUGUCAUCAAGUGGCGAUCUGCUAUUUGUGGUUUAUAUUUUCGCAAAGCUUGCCCUAAAGGAAUCAAUUGUAACUUUUUGCAUGUAUUUAAGAACCCUUCUAAUGAGUUUUGGGAAGCAGAUAGAGAUUUAUCUCCCAGAGAAUUUGAAAGCCACUCACAUUCACGGAGAAGUCACAAUUCCAGGUACAACAGUGAGCGUUAUUCUUCACAAAGAAGUUAUUCAAGGGACUUUAAGCAUCACCAGGAUGACUACAAUCGGGACCAUUAUCGCAGUCAUUCUAGCAGGGUAUCAGAAUCAGACAGUGAUGAGGAUGAUAGAAAUUAUUCUGUGUCCUCUAGAAGCCAUUACAGAGAUAAAAAUGAAUCAUCACACCAUAAGUCUAAGCAUAGAGACUCUAGAUCGAGAUCCCGAACUCCCAAAAGAAAUUCUUCGAAAUCUGAAAAUUCUAAUAGUUCCAAGAAACAUAAACACAAAAAAAAGAAAAAGAAAAGCAAAAAAUGGAGUUCUAAUGAAAGUGAAGAUAGUUGAACUAGUCUUAUAAUUGAACUGCUACAAACAUAAAUUGAUAUACUUAAUAAUAUUAAAAAUUGUAUAUAACUUAAAAAAUAGUUGGUUUUUUUUAUAACUUCGUAUAAAUACUAUCACUGCUAAGUACUACUUAAUAAUCAACUAAACAUUAUUGUUAAAGUUUAAAAAGUGUUUUUAUUACAGUUAAAGUGCCUCAGAAAAAAAUUGGUAUUUCUAAUAUUUUUGUAUAAUCUGCACAG